AUGGACAAAUCAAGUUCAAGUUUGAGUUCUUUCGCCAUCACCAAUCUCACUCUAAAUGGAAAAGGUAACAUAUGUAAUACUGUGCCAGUCAGUGAUCGUGGUAAGAGGGUACAAAUGGUGAAGAUGUUAUGUCUAACUGUGUUACCAAUACUGGCACUCUGGAGCUACUGUGUAUACCAACUUACUGAUUUAAUAUCUACCAAAACGGACAACGAAAAGAUGAAAGAAUCUUUGGAAUUCAGCAUAGAAGUUGGCAGAUUAAUUCACCAUCUUCAGAAGGAACGAGAUUUAAGCAUCCUCUAUUUGAGUGCUCUUGGACCAGACACGAAGACAUUCCUACUCAAGGAGUACCAAAUCACAGACGAGUCCAUAGACAGCAUUGCAAGAUGGCCAGGAAACCUGGAUAGAUUUAACCGCGAAGCAUUUAAAUCGAAAAGCAAAAUGAUGCAGCACAUAGGUCAACAUCGUCAACAACUGAAUCAUCAAUCCUCAGAUAUCGAUAAAGAAAUGCAGUUCUAUACUUCUAUUAUUGACAUCAUAAUAUACUGGGGAUACAAAUCUAUUGUGGAAUCCAAGUUUGCUGUGGUGUGGAAAUCUCUCGUCGGCUUCCAGAAAAUCACGACUGCUAAGGAAGAUAUGGGAUUGGAGAGAGCGCUGGGGACCAUGUUCUUUGCACGAGGUGGAUUUGAAACUCACCUUCAGUUUGAACAAUACAAUAUGAAGAUCUUUGGCUUUCAAUCCAACUACAAAACCGCACGUUUGUACUCUCCGGACGUUGAUUUUAUCGGAUCUUACGGUAUUUUUUCUAAUGGAAGAAAUGUCAGCAUCAUUUUGAAUAAAUUUCGUACAUAUAUCCAAGAUCAUGGAGAAGAAGAACAAAAUGUCAGUAAAAUUGAUCUUAGAAAUGCCCGUUGGUUUUACGACAACACGUCUCUUUAUUUGGACACACUUCUCAGCCUCCAAACAACACUAGGUAACAUUUGUCUUGGAAAAGUCGACAAGAUACUAGAAGAUUCAAACAAAGACCUUAUCAUCAGCGCCUGCGUCUUGGUCUUUGUUUUAAUCUCAUGUUCUUUGGUUAUCAUAAGCACCGAAAAUUUGACCAGCAACAUACAGAAGUAUGCUGUAAUUCUUGUGGACAAAACAAAGGAACUGAAUUUUGAAAAGAAGAGAACCGACUCUCUCUUGUACCAAAUGGUACCAAAAGAAGUAGCAGACAAGUUAAAGAAAAAGGAAGGGAUUGAGGCGGAGUACUUCAAAUCUGUAACUGUUUUAUUUUCGGACAUCCAUGGAUUUUCCCUUUUGUCCAUUACCCUGCAGCCCCUUGAGAUCGUCCAACUGUUGAAUGCACUUUAUGGCGCCAUCGAUGUUCUCCUUGACAACAGGGAUCUGUACAAAGUGGAGACCAUUAACGAUUCUUAUAUGGUAGUAUCAGGCCUGCCACAUCGCAAUAACAACAGACAUGCUCACGAGAUCGCCGACUUUGCUCUUUCUGUCCAGAGGAUGAUGAAAGAACAGACAUUUUCCAACAAUGAAAAGGGAACAGUCCAACUACGAAUUGGAAUAAACACUGGAUCAUGCAUGGCGGGUAUAGUAGGAUCCACGUUGCCGAGGUACUGCCUGUUUGGGGAUACUGUAAAUACAGCGUCCAGAAUGAAGUCUCAUAGCCGACCCAACAAAAUAAACAUCAGUCACACGACAUACGUGCUUCUAUCAAAGACCGGAAACUACACGAUGAAGAAGCGUGGGACGAUAGAUAUCAAGGGUAAAGGUGAAAUGGUAACAUACUGGUUGACUGGGUGUACAUCGAGUGUAGAAAGUUUAGCUGACAGUCCCGUAUCUAACAGAAGCGCCAGCAACGAUCUCCCAGGGGAAAUAACUCACAAUAAAUACGCUUUGGGCGCCUUGAGUUACAACCCCUUGCCUGGAAGAAAGCCAAAGAAGGAUGAGAAAGUCACUGCAAGAGUGCCACCCAGCGGUGUGACGAAAGUUGCAGUCAAAAAGCAUACGAUUGCAAAACAGAACACCAAGUUAUUUCAAGAUGGGACAGAGAGUGAAGAAAACGGGGAUGGACGUGAGUUUUCGCAAAUGGAAUUGGAAUUGCAUGAUAAACCCUCUACAACACUUGAACAAGACGAACCAGCAAAUCCUGGACCAUCUAUGGCUUAG